AUGGCAAGAGACAGCAACUUCUGGAAGUCUCUAGGAUCCCCCCGGUUUGUCUUGGGACCUAUGGUAGACCAAAGCGAGCUGGCUUUCAGUGGUGCUGGAGGAGCCUUCUUCUCAGCAGCUUCUCCUUGGCGCACGCCACUCGCCGCUCUACCAUCUGGCAGCCAUACGCCAGAGCACAUGGUGGCUGCAGGGCGGCUCAUUGAAGACACAGUCGCCGCAGUGGAUGUAAACUUGGGAUGCCCGCAAGGCAUCGCGCGUAGGGGAUUUUAUGGAGCCUAUCUCCUACAAGAACCUGAACUCAUUAUCUCUAUAGUGUCUGCAAUGCACCAGAACCUUGCCGUGCCAGUUACUUGCAAGAUGCGCAAAGUCUCUACGGAGCCGAGCUGCACAGCGUACGACCGAAUGCGGGAUCUUCCGACAGCAGCAACCGCUGCUGCUGCUGCUGCUGCGGAGCGGCACUUAGACAGGACGUGUCAAGACACCCUGCUGCUGGCGUAUGCCUUGGAGGCAGCAGGAGCCGCUGCUCUUACCCUCCACGGUCGCACAAAGGACGAAAAGGGGAGAGACACUGGGGAAGCAGACUGGGGCAUUAUUCGUCGAGUCAAGUCGAGACUUGAAAUCCCAGUCAUUGCGAAUGGAGGAGUCGAGACUCAUGAGGACGCAGUGCGCUGUCUGCAGGUUACGGGAGCAGACGCUGUGAUGGCAGCCGAAGCCAUUCUGGAUAAUCCGUCCCUCUUUCGAGAGGCCUCCGCGCAUCUUCGGCAGCAGGCGCUGCAGCAGGCGACUGCAGCUUUGCAGCCUCCAGCAAGCAGCUGCAUGGAGGACUUGCACUCGCUCAUGAACGCAAUAGUGUGCUACUACGCAGCCGCAGACGGCGGCGCUGGCUGCUUCAAUGUGGAUUCGCCAAGCGAAAACAACACGUGGUAUCGCCGCCACCGAAGAGGCGCAGCGGGAACCACGAACGCAAAUGAAGGGGCCUCAGACACCGAAAAUACGGAUAAGUAUGCUGAGGCUGCAGAGGGUUUGGGAAAUUUGUUCGGCUAG